CCAGUUGGAGCCACAGACGUCAGAUUAGCAAGAAAUAACUGCAGGACAGAGACCAGAGCCUCCAACAAGCAACCUGCUUCUGAUUUGAUCCAUUGAGGCUUUACCUAGGACGACCAGGCCUUGUGACCCUGUAAUUCCUGACAUUUUGAAGUCUUUCUCUUGAAGGCUUCGUUGUUUUUAGCCUUUUAGUGGCAGUUGGAGUCCUUCUGAGGGUCUCUCUGUUUUUUUCAUCUGUUGCUUUUUCUGGAAACGUUGUCAUCAUGUCGACGGCUGUGGAAGCAACCGGGUUCAUCAUGUGCAUAAUCAGCUGGUUGGUCACCGGAUCUGCGCUGGCUAACGACUACUGGAAGAUUUCCACCGUGUCCGGCAGCGUCAUCAUCUCCCAGAGGCAGUUUGAAAACUUGUGGCACUCCUGCGCCGAGAACAGCGCCGGCAUCGCCGAGUGUAGAGACUUUGAAUCGCUGCUCGCCCUCCCCGCUCACGUGCAGGCAUGUCGCGCUUUAAUGAUCAUCUCUCUGCUGCUCGGCCUCGGCUCCAUGAUCGUGUCUCUGCUGGGGAUGAAGUGCAUCAGGAUUGGCUCGGCCACCGACCAAUCCAAGGCCAAGAUCGCCUUCACCGGAGGGAUAGUGAGCAUCCUCUCUGGUCUGUGCUGCAUGAUAGCCGUUUCCUGGUACGCCUACAGAGUCGUGCAGGACUUCAACAACCCGUUCUUUGGUGGUGUGAGGUUCGAGCUGGGCACCGGCCUCUACCUGGGAUGGGGUGCAGGCUCUCUGGGCAUACUGGGUGGAGGUUUUCUCUGCACCGCCUGUAGGAGAGCGUCACCUGGAGGCAAGAAAGGCGGUUACUCUGGAAACGCGCCACAGAAGGUCUACACGGCUACAGCCAAGUCAGAUCCAGAUUCAGCCAGAGCCUACGUCUAAACACACACACACACACACACGCAUGCACGUGCACGCCGCACUACACUUGCAAAGACAUUGCAUUGGCUUCCAUUCAUUUCCUGAAGGGCCACCCUGACUUUAACCUGGUGAUCCUGACUUCUGUAAACUAAUGUGGCAAAGUUUUAACCCUGAAAAUAAAAACACACACACCAUUACACGUACUGUAAACACGCCGUGUCCUCGAAUGCCGGGGCUGGGACUGAACUAUGGACAUGUAGUUCCUUUUCUGAAAUACUUGCUUCUUUUUGUUUUGUUUUUUUUUUAAUGUGACUUCUGAGUUUUGGAUGUGAAAUCUUAAAUCUAAAUGUUGGGAAUACGUAAGGAUUUGUAGAUGAUUGUUAACGAUUGGUAUCCUGUUUGGAGUCAGUAAUUGUCUGAAUAAAGUUUAUAUUACAUAAU